AAGUAGACGCUAAUGGAGUUUUGUUAAAAAUUACAAUAUAUUCAUUAUAUGCUCUGUGAAACAUAACACACAUUGCUUCAGGAGAAACUAAGAAUGCCCAGCCAAUACGAGGAAGAACGUGCUUGGGAAGGUUCUAAUCACACUCAAUAUGAGGACGAAGGCGCUGAAGAUAUUAUCGAGAAUCCCGAAGAAGUAUUGCAGGAAUGCCUGGAAAAAUUUAAGACCCCUGACUACAUCAUGGAGCCCGGAAUAUUUGGACAACUCAAACGAUACUUUCAAGCCGGAGGAAAUCCAGAGCAGGUUAUAGAGCAGCUCUCCAUCAACUACAGCGCAGUGGCGCAAAUGGCAAAUCUGUUAGCAGAAUGGCUCAUUCUCGGAGGUGUCAAAGUCACAGAAGUACAGGCUAUGGUAGAAAACCAUUUGAAAGAUAUGAUUUUGAAAACAUUUGACCCGAAGAAAGCUGAUACCAUUUUCACAGAGGAAGGUGAAACUCCAGCAUGGCUAACAGAAAUGAUAGAGCACCCUACUUGGAGAUCCCUGAUUUACAGACUGGCUGAGGAGUACCCUGACUGCCUUAUGCUUAACUUUACUAUUAAGUUGAUUUCGGAUGCUGGUUUCCAAGGUGAGAUCACCAGCAUAUCAACUGCAGCUCAACAGAUUGAGGUGUUCUCUAGAGUGCUCAAGUCAGCCAUAGUGGGCUUCCUGCAGAGCUCUGAUGACUGGCAGAACAGUGUCAAUGAAUGUGCUAAAAUGGUCUGCCAUGGAGCUCACACAUAUGUGUACAGUCAAGUCAUUGUGCAUAUAUUAUCUCAAGAGCCAAGGGGUGGGGCUAUCAUGAAGAGGCUCAGCCAAGAGAUCACCAGAUGUGCUCAACAAAGUGGCCAUGACGUAACCCCAAUCACGCUGGCGCUGACGGCAGGAGAAUCGUGGCGUAAUGCGCGCACUGCACUUGCGGCCAUGUUAUCCCGUGGCGCGCUGAAUCCCGCGGAUAUCACCGUUUUAUUCCGCGCUUACACGCAGCCAGAGCCCCCACCAGUGCACUUAUUGAGAAUUCCACAGUUCCUAGAACUUCUUGUAGACGCCCUGUUCAAAUCAGGAAGUAAACUAAACCCUGAACAUAAGUCAAAGUACAUGUACUUAUUAGCAUAUGCUGCGAGUGUGUGUGAGGGACACACGCCAGGUAGACCAGUAAAGGAUGAGCUGAAGCCAACAAUGCAGGCUAUCGAAAAAGUACACGCUGUAUGUUGCAGUUCUGCAAGUUCUAGUGAAUUGAUUGCAGAGCUACCGACUUUGUAUCACUGUAUAAGAUUUCCAGUUGUGGGUAUGGGAGUUUUAGUUUGGGUGGAAUGUGUAGUCACAGAGCCUUCAUACUUUAAGCUAUGCACUGAACAUUGCCCAGUACAUUUAGCACUUUUGGAUGAAGUAGCCUCAUGUCAUCAACUGCUGCAUCAUAGAUUGUUGAGACUUCUUGUACAGCUGUUUGAAUCUCCUCAGGAUGAACUUGAGAUUUUAGUACAGUUGGAACUAAAAAAGAUGCUUUUGGAUCGCAUGGUGAAUUUAUUGAGUCGCGGAUGUGUAGUUCCCGUCUUGCGUUACGUAAAACAGUGCUGGCAGAGAGGCGACACUGAUAUUUCCCUCAUUAGAUAUUUUAUUACAGAGGUACUAGACGCUAUUGCGCCACCUUACACUCCCGAAUUUGUUCAGCUAGUACUCCCAAUGGUUGAAAACGAAGAAAUAACUGGCACCAUGAGGGCAGAAGGCGAAAAUGACCCUGUAUCGGAAUUUAUUGUUCACUGCAAGGCGCAUUAUGUUGCUGUUUGAACAGUUAUUAAAAUAAUCUAAGAUUUUAUCAAUAAAAUUAUCCAUGUUAAGAACAUUUUUUU